AUGGCGGGAUUCCUCGGCGGACUCUUCACACAGCUCCGGACCUCACUGGCAGCGAGGUUACUCCCGGAAGGCUAUUCCCUGGUUCCUGUCCCCGUCCCCCGGCUCCCUCCCCUACCGCCUAGAGAUCCUACCCGAACGCAGCACGAGAUCCGUACAAAGACCUCUGGGCCGCUGGGAGGAUCCUUCACCACCUUUUCUGGCGUCCUCAACGAGCGGUCCGAUGGUGGGGCGCAAGCUGCGUUUAGCAUCACGCUUCACCACCACGACAAGCCACUCAGACUGGGUCGGGCCAGGGACGCAGUCAUGAUAUGGCCAGGCCAAUGCCAUCUAAUCGAUGCGUAUGUCAACUGGCUAGCGCUGGGGCUGUGGAGAGAGGAGCUGUCUGGUGGGGACGUCACUCUUCUCUCGAGCAGCGCCACGGCGGUGGAUUUGCUGUCCGCGGAUGACCCGCGGAAGGGGGAUCGAACGGUGCGCGCAAUCGCCAAAUCCAUUCAAUGGGCGGGAGCAAGGUACGAUAUCCACACGCAGCUCGCGUAUCUACCUGCUUCGGUAAACCUUCUCGCGCGCCGUCUCAGCCGAGUGGAGGCCCCCGAGAAACGCCUGAAGAUGCUGGGUCCCGAAUUGAGGGAUCAGUUGGACUUGUCUGAUCGGCGGUUUCUUAAGUGGGGUAUUCUGCAGAAACUUCCAGCGACAUCGCUUCUGCCAUCAAAAUUUGUCGUCAUACCCCUCCGACUCCAAUCGGCGGCAGCUAGACCCAAGCACGAGAUCUACACAGACAUCUCCAACAAAGGGACGGGAACGACCACUAUCGCUGGCGUCCUGAACCCAUCCGGGGAUGGGCGUGCUCAAGAUGCCUUCAGCUUCACCCUCAACCACACAUCUAUCCCUCUUCAAUUCGGCUCGGCAUCCUUCCUGGUCCGUCCCGGCAAUACCGCGGCCAUGGAGGCUUACGCUAUGGUCUUCGCCCUCGCGCUCUGGCGGAACAAACUACGGGGCGGCGACGUUACCUGUAUGAGUGAUUGUAGAGCGGUUGUCGACUCCGCGGAAAAACGCGUCCUACCGGCUGGGCCGGUCAAGCUCCCGGUCACGGAUGUGGAGCUCAAUCGUGCGGCCUUUGCAGCUGUUGGACCAGCCAUGAGGGAGCUCGCGGAGGAUGCGGAUCUCAAUUUGGAGUUUAGAUGGAUCACAGGGGACAGGAACAAACUCGCGGAUGUUCUCAGCAAAUGCACAACGCAGGGGAGGCGAGAUAGGCUGCAUCCCGAGGUCCUUCAACAGGUGGAAGCAACGGGGAAGCGUUUGUCCGAGAUCAAGCUGGAGGGGCUUGUCGGAGUGUUGGGGGUGAUGCUACCCGGCGCGGUCGCCAAGGCUCCUGUCAAAACAGCGGUGCCAGCGCAGGGCAGCCCCGAUAUCGGCGUCCCUCGGCCAGGUUCGGAGGAUGUGGAGGAGCCUGUAGUGCCAGCCCUGAUGGGCACCGAGGAGUAUAGCGUGAGAGGCGAAGACAGACAUGAUAUGGGGGCGGUCGGGGGAGGUUCUAUAAUGCCUACUUUGAUGCUGGCAACCCAAGCGACAUCAGAGCUGGAUCUGCUGGAUGUUCCCAUCGAGCAAGACGUCGAAAACCUGAGGGCAGACAUCGACCUCGCAUCCACUACCAACCUCAUUCAGACUUCAGCUCCGCUCGACUCUCAGGAGGAGGUCAUUUGUCCAUCGAUCUCCAGGCUUUCCGACCAUGCGGGCGAAGCGGAAGAGCCUUUCAUUGCCCUCGAUAUCGAGAUCCCUGCUAUUCCUGUCCACGAAGAUCACCAUGAUGCGCCAGUCUCCAGCACGUUAAGAGACACGUCUCCCUCCGUCGUCGAAGGCAAAGGUCGUCAAAAGGGAGCACGGUGCAUGAUUCGCACCUCCAUCGUCAACAACGGCCCCUACACGACCUUCGCUGGCGUCCACAAUCCACGUCGUCGGGGUCUCAACUCCCUCUCCUUCAGCUAUAUUAUCAAACACGAUACCUUGCCAAUGAAAAUCGGGUCGACCAGCAUGAUCAUCCCGCCGGGGAAGCCCGCGCUCGCACAGGCGUAUGCGCUCGUGCUCGCCUUGGUGCACUGGAGGAAGAAGCUAUCCGGAAAAAAGGUGGUUUGGUGCAGCGGGGACCGGAACGCCGUCAUACUCGUUCAACGCCACUUGCAGCAGCCGCACUCGACCCAUAUUGGCGACGGUACCAGCUGUGGCGUAGCCAUCGGAACCGCGAUCUCCCAGCUGGCCGCCGAAUACGGUAUCGUCCUCGAGCCGACGCAUGACCGCAUCAUGAAGGGAACGCUGGCUGCGCAGCUCGACGCCGCGAGGACAGAUCUCGCCCGAGCGCCAAGUCGGGGCAAAGCAAAGGGUCCCAAUAUCUCUGUCAGAAAGCGAUUGAAGAACUCGGAUGAGCGGCUCAGCAAGCUCGUCUCGGUCGGGCUGGCGAUGGAGAGUUCAGCGGCAGAAGCCCGAGCAUGA